UUAAAAAGAGGGGAACAAAAAUGUAAACCCUACACUCCCUGCAUUACAGUAGCUCUUACACAAACCCCGUCUCUGGCUUCUUUCCGGUCGCCGGCACGUUCCGCCGCCGCUUUCUUUUCUUCUCGUCUUAUCUCCGUUUCUCUCUACUGCAAUCUCACUCCACCGUACUAACAAUGCAAUGUCGUUCUUGGGAAAAGAUUGUAUGAUUGAAUUGAAUGAUCUGUACGUUUUAUGAAUUUGAAGAACCCGUGUUGAUGUGUGAUUGAAGUUUUGGAUUCGAAGAAAUGGUGAACAAAUCGCAAGCAUUUUCUUGGUCGCGUCUGAUUCUCAACCAGGUCGUGCAGCGAAACCCCAUCCAAACCCCAAUUCAUAUUUCCCGGAAAAUCUCCAGUUUCGCACGCUUUCCGUUUGAGGAAAUACCGAAGACUUUGGCGGCGCGUUGUUACUCUACUGCUUCAGCUAGAGUUGUGCAAGAUCUUCUUGCUGAGGUGGAGAAGGAGAAGCAGAGAGAAAGGGAGCAGAGGAGAAGGGCUGGUCUUGAUACCAAGGAUAUUGACGAUGAAGAUAGGGAGGAUUAUAUGGGUGUUGGGCCAUUGAUAGAGAAGCUCGAGAAGGAAAAGUUAAAGGAUACUGGGAAUUUGAACGCCUAUGAAGAGCCCUCUGAUUCUGAUAGUGAUGAAGAAGACGAGAGGUUCAGUUCUGAAUCCCUCAAAAAGAGGGUUGAUGAGUUUGAGAGGAAAUUCAAGAGGCAUGAGGAGUUGCUCAAGAACUUCACUGAGACAGACAACAUCGAGGAUGCUUUCAAAUGGAUGAGUAAAAUCGACAAGUUUGAGCAAAAGCACUUCUGGCUUCGUCCUGAAUACCGAGUGAUUGGUGAAUUAAUGAAUCGCUUGAAAGUAGCAGAGGGCAAGGAAAAAUUCAUUCUUCAGCAAAAGUUAAAUAGGGCUAUGAGAUUAGUGGAGUGGAAGGAAGCUUAUGACCCAAAUUGUCCUGCCAACUAUGGAGUCAUUCAACACGAACAGGUAGGUCCAUCGGUUGAUCUCAUGGAGCAAUCAGGAUUUGAAAAAGAGAAGCAAAUCAUACAAGGGGUUGAUGACGAUGAUGAGGAAGAGUUUGAUGACAUGAAAGAAAGGGAUGAUAUACUACUGGAGAAGCUUAAUGCUAUAGAUAAGAAGCUUGAAGAGAAGCUAGCAGAGCUGGAUCAUACCUUUGGAAAGAAAGGAAAGGUUCUAGAAGAAGAAAUCCGAGAUCUUGCAGAGGAGAGAAAUUCUUUAACUGAGAAGAAAAGAAGGCCUCUUUAUCGAAAAGGCUUUGAUGUGAAAUUAAUUGAUGUGAACAGAACUUGUAAAGUUACUAAGGGUGGACAAGUUAUCAAAUACACUGCUCUCUUGGCUUGUGGGAACUAUCAUGGCAUUGUUGGUUAUGCGAAAGCCAAAGGACCUGCAGUACCGAUUGCUUUACAAAAGGCAUAUGAGAAAUGUUUCCAAAAUCUUCAUUAUGUGGAACGCCAUGAGGAACACACAAUUGCACAUGCAAUACAGACGGAAUACAAAAAAACAAAGGUAUAUCUUUGGCCAGCAUCAACUACGACAGGCAUGAAAGCAGGGAAAACUGUUCAAACUGUUUUGAAUCUGGCUGGUUUUAAAAAUAUCAAAUCUAAGGUUGUUGGCUCAAGGAACCCCCACAACACUCUGAAGGCCCUCUUCAAAGCUCUGAAUGCAAUCGAGACUCCAAAGGAUAUUCAAGAAAAGUUCGGGCGGACUGUUGUCGAGAAGUAUUUGCUAUAAUAGGAGGUUUUUUCCCCAUUCUUCUAUCCCGUUUUGUUUUGGUUCGAGUCUAUUCAUGUACUUUUGCUUCUAACUAAAAAAGCAAUAAAUUUCAGUUAGAUGUACAAAAGGAAAUAUUUAUGAUAAGAAAACACUGUUGUAUCUUCAGUUAAAGUUUUGAUCAUUUCCAUUUUAGAACCCAGGCAUGACAUUGUACAACCUAUAGAAUAGAAGCUGUUCAAGUAAGGUUGCCAUUUCCUUUACAUCAAUAAUCAAGACAAACAUCAUUUUCAGCUCU